GAGGUGUUUGAGGAAUUGAGGCCUCGUAUUCGCUUCGUUACCCCUUCUUUAGCGGGCUACUGUGGGUGUCGUUAUCUUGCGUGUGGUCGUGAGAUUGCUGUAUUAUUAAUUGAGAAUGUCAGUCUCGAAUACAAAUAGCGACAAUGACCCUGAACCUCGUCGUCAUCCCGGCGGAAGGUAGACCUGACCUCACUGUUCCAGCAGAUUCCACCUUCAGUCUUUGAAGAUCACCACGACUACACUCACACUUGAAUCUCAUAAUGCCUUUGGUUGUGCCAUCCGCUACGCCGAGAGUCAUUCUCGGCUUGAUGACCUUUGGGCCAGAUGAGUCCGAAGGUGCUCGCAUCACGUCCCUCGACGACUUUAACAAGUGCUUGGAUCAUCUCCAGCAGCAAGGUUACAACGAGGUCGAUACUGCGCGAGUCUACGUGGGAGGAAAACAAGAGGCUUUUACAGCCCAAGCCAGGUGGAAGGAACGUGGGCUGACUCUAGCGACGAAAUGGUACCCCCAUACCCCCGGUGCACACAAACCCGACGUUCUUCGUGAGAACCUCGAGCGUUCUUUGAAGGAACUGCAAACCGACCAAGUGGACAUCUUCUACCUGCACGCCGCGGAUCGAUCUGUGCCUUUUGCUGAGACCUUGGAAGCCGUCAAUGAGCUCCACAAGGAGGGAAAGUUCGUGCAGUUGGGCUUGAGCAAUUAUACUGCUUUUGAAGUUGCGGAGAUAGUUAUACUCUGCGAGGAGAGAGGUUGGGUUCGACCCACAAUCUACCAGGCGAUGUAUAAUGCUAUCACGCGCAACAUCGAAACAGAGCUCAUCCCCGCCUGCAAGCGCUACGGGAUUGACAUCGUGGUCUAUAAUCCGCUGGCUGGUGGUCUGUUCUCUGGCAAAUACAAGACUAAGGACAUUCCUGCGGAAGGAAGAUAUAGUGAUCAGUCUUCAGAUGGAACCUUGUACCGGGGACGUUAUUUCAAGGACGCGACAUUCGACGCUCUGCGACUGAUCGAGCCUGUUGCCGAAAGGCAUGGCCUAACCAUGCCCGAGAUUGCGUUUCGCUGGAUCCAUCACCACUCCGCGCUCAACAUGAAGGAUAAGGGCCGCGACGGUGUCAUUAUUGGUGUGAGCAGCCUCGCGCAGCUGGAAAACAACCUCAAGGAUAUCCAGAAGGGCCCAUUGCCUCAGGAAGUUGUCGACGUAUUGGACCAAGCCUGGUUGAUUGCGAAGCCGACUGCUGCAAACUACUGGCAUCUCGACUUGAAAUACACCUAUGACACCCAAGCGGCCUUGUUCAAGCCUAAACCCAAGGCGUAGCUCAUAUCUGAUUAUACAUUGCCCUUGUUCAGUAGAUAUUCGCAAUUCACUCAUACAAGCUUUCUUAGCGAUUUUGUUCGUGCAGCAUCGUCCAGCAUCCGCGCCUUGAUUCUUUCAUGUGGUAACCUGAAAUCCUUUCCAUGUACUUAAAACCGUCCGCCGAAAUUGAACCGAGCAAAGCCCUUCGGAUCACGGGUAAGUUUCCGGCGUCAUCCGUUCCACCCGCUUUGCUCAGAGCAAAGAAGGAAAGUUGAGUCCAAGACAAGGAAUUGAAGAAAGAUAUCAAACGUGUGAAUACGACAUGGAGUCUUAAUUUCUGAAGUUACGCCUCAGCUAUUCAUAUCUCCAGUCCUGGGUAGGCAGUCCCGAAUCCCGAUGUCGUCAUAUGUCGGCGUCGGAAUCUCGGUCGGUUGUGGAUCUCCACGUUUUUUUG